AUGGGUCCAAUGAACCACACAUUACAUGAUGACUUUAUAUUAACUGGACUUUCAAGCCACCCAAAAAUUAAGCUUGCCUUCUUUAUAAUGUUUUCUUUUGUCUACAUGACUACGCUAACGGGAAAUUCAGUCCUGAUUGUACUCACAAGAGUUUUUCAAGAGCUCAAUUCGCCAAUGUACACCUUUCUGUUCAAUCUCUCGCUCCUGGAUAUCUCAUUCAGCUCCGUCACGGUCCCCAAGAUGCUGGUUGGCUUCCUCGUAGAACGUAACUACAUUUCCUUCAGAGGAUGUUUCACUCAACUCUAUUUUUUCCACUUCCUGGGGAGUGCGGAAUGUUUUCUCUUGAGCAUUAUGGGAUAUGAUCGAUAUGUGGCCAUAUGUCACCCGUUGCGCUACGUGCAAAUUAUGAGCAAAAAAACCUGCAUAAAAUUCGCCUCUGGCUGCUGGAUAACUGGAUUCCUUUAUUCGCUCGUCCAUACCUUCUUCACGGCCGGCUUAUCAUUUUGCGGGGCUAGAGAAGUGAACCAUUUCUUGUGUGACAUGCCGCCACUCCUAAAACUGUCUUGCACAGAUACAAAAGUGAAUGUGAUCGUCAUUUUGUCCUUGGGUGGACUUGCAGCUGGAGCUUCAUUUUUAUUGACCCUCGUCUCUUAUAUUUUUAUAAUGUCUGCAAUUCUACAAAUAAAGUCUACAAAGGGAAGGCAAAAGACGUUCUCUACGUGUGCCUCACAUCUUACGGUGGUUUUAAUCUUCUACGGAACGAUUAUUUUCAUGUAUCUUCGCCCGCAGUCAAGUUACUCCCUAGAACACGACAAGAUCUUGUCCGUUUUUUACAAUGUCAUCACGCCGAUGUUAAACCCACUCAUUUACAGCCUAAGAAAUAAAGAUGUCCAAUCGGCAGUGAGAAAAUUUUUCAAAAAGAGCCAAAUGGCUUAA